AUGUUGGGAGGCUACACAGAAGUCGAGAAACCCACCCGAGACACCUACGCUUUCGAUUUAAAGAAGAAUGCUAUGAAGAUGUACAUUUUAGCAUCUCUGCCAGAAGACAUUGGACUCGACUUUGCAAGCUGCACGUGGAACAACGCGAUUUAUGUUAGCGGCGGUUCCCAAAUGAGAAACUUCUUCGCCGUUUAUAAAGCAGAAGACAACGAGUGGGAGUUGCUGCCCUCUCUACCAGAUGAUGGACGAGAAAAGCAUGCAAUGGCUGCCGUCAAUUCCAAUAUCUAUGUUCUUGGUGGCCUUAUGAAAACCUCAACUGGUGAGAAAACAAUUUCAUUCAAUGUACUGCAGUUUAAAACAAGCACCAAAGAAUGGAGCAUCUUCUGUCAACUGCCUCUAGCUGUCCAGCAAUCUGCUGCGGCAGUUCUGAGUCAUCGGAUUUACCUAUUUGGUGGGAUAAAUACUACAGGAGACGGUACAGAUAUAGUACAGUGCGUGGACACACUUAGUGGCAGCGUCUAUCAAACCGGAAAACUUCCUUCACCCACUUACGGGGCGCGUGCACUGAGCAAUGGAGGACGUAUUUACGUCGUCAGACCUGAAGGGGAUGUGUUGUCCAUGACAGAGAGCUUCGCUUUGGCUGAACGCAUUGAAGAAUUAAUUUCUGAGGUAAAAAACCAAAUUGAUGACCACUGGUCAGACAAAGUGAUACAUCAUCUCAGGAAUACCCCACAUUUAUUCUUUUACUAA